AUGGAAUCGAGUUCCACCGAUGAGAAUGGUAUCGCUAUUCUUUGGGAAUAUGAACUAUGUAAAGGUCGAUGGAUAAGAUAUGAGGAAUCUAUUAUCGAAAAAAUCAAUUCAUCAUCGGAUACUGGAUUAGUUGAAUUUGACUGUGAAGAAUCUCAUUUGCAAGUGAAUCUUUUAAAAAUGGAGCAAAGAAAUAUGAAUAGUGGUUAUGUACGAUCAGUUAGAUGUGCCGUUAAAAGCAUAAAAGGUAUCAUUGCUUCUAAACGUUCUAUGAACAAAAAUGCAGCAAAAAAGCUCGAAGAAUGUUAUAACAGUGGUUUAACAAAGACUGAAAUAAUGAUUGGUGAAACCAAGUAUGAAGUCAAUCUUGAGGAAUUUACAAUUAAAAAUAACGAUGAAAACUGCAGUUAUAAGGCAAUUGAAAGAUUUCAUAGAGAUUUGUAUUUCUUGAUUCGUUUUCUUGAUACUUAUCUCUUACUGGCUAUAUGUUUUCUUCGUCGGGAAAAUUCGAACGCGGAAUCUGCAGUAUGUGCCAAACCAGCUCCAAGUGCUAGCCAAACUCGACUUUUGAGGAAACGUCCCCAGAAGGAAGAAAAUGUGCACAAAAUGAACAGGAAAUCGAAAAAAUUAAAGAAGCAGGAAGAGGAAAAAAAACGAGCAAAUAAUGAGAAAACGAGAGAAAUGAGUAUUGAAAAAAAAGAUAUUGAGAAUGAAAAUAAAAGAUUAGAAAAAAGAAAUCGCGUUAAAAAUGGAUCAUCUAAGAACACAAAAACCGUAAAGACAAACCAUAAAGAUAAUGGACUCAAGAAUUCAGCCGAUUUGUGUGAUGAAGUGGAAGAGCCAAACGUAUCAUCAGAAACCAAAAACCAGAUGAGAAAAUUAAUUUUAAAAGGUUCUGCACCAGUCGACUCAGAAUGUACGAAAAAAUUAGGCGUUGCGCAUGUAUAUACUGAAGGAGAAGAUACCAACAUUAAGAAGAAUAGCAAUAAGUACUAUAUACUUCAAUUGUUAGAAGAUGAUAAUGCGAAAAUAUAUUCAGUCUGGUUCAGAUGGGGGCGAGUUGGAUAUAAGGGCCAAAAUAUGCUUGAAUGUUGUGGUACCAAUUUGGAUCACGCCAAGAAACUAUUUUGCCAGAAGUUUUUUGACAAGACGUUGGUAGAAUGGAGUCUUCGCCGUUCAUUUGUUAAACAGCCUGGCAAAUACGAUUAUUUAGCGAGUGAUUAUUCGAAAAUCAUUGGCAAACAAAAAAGUGAAGAGAAAGCUGAUGAAAAACAUGUGGAGAUUUAUGAAUGUACGUUAAGUCAACCAUUACAAACGCUUUUGAAAUUAAUUUGUGACAUUCGCGCUAUGGAAGAAACGGUUAUGGAACUGGAAUUUGAUUCUUCUAAGGCGCCUUUAGGGAAAGUGACAGAGGAACAAAUAAUUGCUGGCAUGAAGCAGCCUACGUUGAUUAAAACUAUAAAACAGCUCAAAAUUGAAUUGUCACUGUUAGAUGCUUUAUCUAAAAUUGAGAUUGCAAUCAAAACAAUCAAAAAAGGUGAUAAUAUAAAGUGUCACCCCCUUGACCACCAAUAUAUCAGUAUGCAUUGUUCUAUCGCAGUUGUUGAUAUGUCUGAUUCGCGUUAUGUGCUUAUUGAAAAUUACCUCCAUAAUACUCAUGCAAAUACGCAUAAUCAUUAUCGCAUGUCUGUACGAAAUUUAUUCGAAAUCAAUAAAAGUGAAGAGCGUUCAAAAUUCCGCAAAGAUAUUGGUAAUAGGAUGUUAUUAUGGCAUGGUUCCCGGUUAACUAACUGGUACGGUAUACUUUCACAAGGCUUGCGCGUAGCACCACCAGAAGCGCCUGUCACUGGUUAUAUGUUCGGAAAAGGAAUAUAUUUUGCCGAAAUAUCUAGCAAAUCGGCAAAUUAUUGCUUCCCGCAACCAACAAAACCUGGCCUUCUUCUUCUUGCUGAAGUUGCACUUGGGGAAUGUGAAGAAUUUUUACAGGCUGACUCUGAUGCCGACAACGAAGAUGGAUGUAUUGUACCGUGCGGUAAACCAAUUGAAUUAACUGCAAAUAAAGAGAAGGGUUGUUCAUUAAUAUACAAUGAAUAUGUCGUCUACAACUCCAACCAAGUUCUUAUGCGCUUUUUGGUUGAAGUGGAUUUUAUUUUUAAUUAA